AUGGAUUCCACUGCCGACCUCAAGGGCAAGCGCCCUCUCUUGCAGCCUGACGACGUGUCUGCCGCCGCCGCUGCCGCGGCGGUGCCGGAUGAGGCGGAGGCGAAGCCCUCGUCUUCUUCGGAGGAGGUGAAGGAGGCGGAGCCGGGGACAGAGAAGCAGGAGGAAAAGCCCGCCUUGGUGCUGGUGGCCGAGGACGGCGUGGAGGUGUGCAUCUCGGAGCCCGCGGCGCGGAUGUCGCAGAUGCUCAGCCACAUGAUGGAGGACGGCUGCGCUGACGGCCGCAUCCCAACCGCCAACAUCCACUCCGACAUCCUCGAGAUGGUCGUUGAGUACUGCGAGAAGCACGGGCCGUUCUACGACCCCGAGGCCUCUGAGCGCGACCGGUACCCCUUCCCGCCCUUCCCCGUCGAGCUCACCCCUACCGUCUCCUCCAUCAAGCCCGUCACCUACGUCGACCCGGACCCCCACGGUCUCAAGGACUGGGACAGCGACUUCAUCUCCCUCGACAACUCCACCCUCUUCGAGAUCAUCCUGGCCGCAAACUACUUGAACAUUGAGGAUCUGCUGGACCUGGGCACCUCGGCUGUGGCUGACAAGAUGAGGGGGAAAAAGCCAGAGGAGAUCCGUGAAAUCUUUGAGAUCGAGAACGACUACACACCAGAGCAGGAGGCUGAAGUCAGGAAGGAGAAUGCAUGGGCCUUUGAGAACUAA